ACAAUGGCCCUGCACAAACUCUGCUCGGUGCUGGAAGUGUUGCUUGUAACAAUCCUGGUAGUGGAAGGCAUUGCCGUUGCACAGAAGACACAAGGUGGGCAAAAUAUUGGAGUGAAUCGCAUUCCUCCCACUCAGUGUGACAACUGGGUCCGGACCAGUAAUGGAGGACAUUUUGCUUCACCAAACUACCCAAACAUGUACCCACCCAAUCAAGAGUGCAUCUAUAUCUUAGAAGCUGCUCCACGACAAAGAAUUGAGUUGACCUUUGAUGAACCCUAUUACAUAGAACCCUCAUUUGAAUGUCGGUUUGAUCACCUGGAGGUUCGAGAUGGACCUUUUGGGUUCUCCCCUCUCAUUAAUCGUUACUGUGGUCUGAAAAGUCCUGCACUAAUUAGAUCAACAGGGAGAUUUAUGUGGAUCAAGUUUAUUUCUGAUGAGGAGCUGGAAGGAAAGGGAUUUCAAGCAAAGUACUCAUUUAUACCAGAUCCUGACUUCACUUACCUAGGAGGUAUUUUAAAUCCCAUCCCAGAUUGCCAAUUUGAGCUCUCAGGAGCUGAUGGAAUAGUACGUUCCAGUCAAGUAGAACAGGAAGGAAAAACAAAACCAGGACAAGCAGUUGACUGUAUCUGGACAAUUAAAGCCACUCCAAAUGCUAAGAUCUAUAUGCGAUUUCUGGACUAUCAAAUGGAGCAUUCCAAUGAAUGCAAAAGGAACUUUGUUGCUGUGUAUGAUGGGAGCAGUUCCAUUGAAAACCUGAAGGCCAAGUUCUGCAGCACGGUGGCCAACGAUGUCACGCUGCAGACAGGGACAGGGGUGGUGCGGAUGUGGGCAGAUGAAGGCAGCAGACUGAGCAGGUUCAGAAUGCUCUUCACUUCCUUUGUGGAUCCUCCCUGCUCAGGCAACACUUACUUCUGUCAUAGCAACAUGUGCAUCAAUAAUUCUUUAGUCUGCAAUGGCAUUCAGAACUGUGCAUACCCUUGGGAUGAGAAUCACUGCAGAGAAAAGAAAAAAACUGGAUUGUUUGAACAAAUCACCAAAACCCAUGGGACAAUCAUUGGCAUCACAACAGGGAUAGUUUUAGUUCUUCUCAUCAUUUCAAUUCUAGUACAAGUAAAGCAACCUCGCAAAAAGGUUAUGGCUUGCAAAACUGCCUUCAAUAAAACUGGUUUCCAGGAAGUUUUUGAUCCUCCUCACUAUGAACUGUUCUCACUAAGGGACAAAGAAAUUUCUGCAGAUUUGGCAGAUUUAUCAGAGGAACUUGAAAACUAUCAGAAACUGCGCCGCCCUUCAACAGCUUCCAGAUGCAUUCAUGACCACCACUGUGGCUCCCAGGCCUCCAAUAUCAAACAGAGCAGGACCAACCUGAGCUCCAUGGAACUGCCCUUCCGCAAUGACUUUGCGCAGCCCCAGCCCAUGAAAACAUUUAACAGCACAUUCAAGAAAAGCACUUACACUUUCAAGCAAGCUCAUGACUGCCCUGAGCAGGUGAUAGAAGACAGGGUGAUGGAGGAGAUUCCAUGUGAAAUUUAUGUCAGAGGAAGGGAAGAUACAGCACAAGGUUCAUUAUCUAUUGACUUUUAACUUCCUGAUGAAGGUGGUAUCAGUGUAUAUACAAAAUGCUCGUGUACAAUGACAGUGUAUAUAUUAAAAGUGUACCAUAUGCAGCGUGUGAGAUGCACACACUUUUAGCUUAUUAUACUUCAUUUCAGAAAACAAAACCAGUCUUCAUAAUUAAUUCUUGCUGAAAAAGUGGUGGAUUUCCCCAAGCUACCUAUCUAGUGGAGGAGUAAGAUGGAGACUUUGCAUGGAGACUUUAAGAUAGGAUGUUGGAAGAAAAAACCCUACAACUACUAAUCACUGAACAGUGAAAGCAAUGACUACUAUUCUCUUCUUCAUACCAUUUUCUCUUCUUUAGAUGUCUGCUUUUCAAGACAGUUUUAAUACCUCACUUGCAUAAAUAAAAGUAGUUAAGUGCA